AUAUCAUCAAACCAAAUAAUCCUCCAUUUAUCUCCCAAAAUGGAAUUCUUCAGCUUGGUUUCCAUAUUCCUAUUUCUAUCUUUCCUCUUUUUGUUAAGGAAAUGUAAGAACUCCAAUAGCCAAACCAAACAAUUGCCUCCAGGUCCAUGGAAAAUACCAAUACUAGGAAGUAUGCUUCAUAUGCUUGGUGGAGAACCACACCAUAUCCUUAGGGAUUUAGCCAAAAAAUAUGGACCAAUUAUGCACCUUCAGUUUGGUGAAAUUUCUGCAGUUGUGGUUACUUCUAGGGAGAUGGCAAAAGAAGUGCUAAAAACUCAUGACGUAGUUUUUGCAUCUAGGCCUAAAAUUUUGGCCAUGGACAUUAUCUGUUAUAACCAGUCUGAUAUCGCCUUUAGCCCUUAUGGCGAUCACUGGAGACAAAUGCGUAAAAUUUGUGUCAUGGAACUUCUUAAUGCAAAGAAUGUUCGGUCUUUCAGCUCGAUCAGACGUGAUGAAGUCGUUCGUCUCAUUGACUCUAUUCGAUCAGAUUCUUCUUCUGGUGAGCUAGUUAAUUUUACGCAAAGGAUCAUUUGGUUCGCGAGCUCCAUGACGUGUAGAUCAGCAUUUGGGCAAGUACUCAAGGGGCAAGACGUAUUUGCCAAAAAGAUUAGAGAAGUAAUAGGGUUAGCAGAAGGCUUUGAUGUGGCCGAUAUCUUCCCUUCAUACAAGUUUCUUCAUGUUCUCAGUGGAAUGAAGCGUAAACUUCUGAAUGCCCACCUUAAGGUAGAUGCCAUUGUUGAAGAUGUCAUCAACGAGCACAAGAAAAAUCUUGCAACUGGGAAAACUAAUGGAGCAUUAGGAGGUGAAGAUUUAAUUGAUGUCCUACUACGACUUAUGAAUGAUACAAGUCUUCAAUUUCCCAUCACCAAUGACAAAAUCAAAGCUGUUAUUGUUGACAUGUUUGCUGCCGGAACAGAAACUUCAUCAACAACAACUGUAUGGGCUAUGGCUGAAAUGAUGAAGAAUCCAAAUGUAUUCAACAAAGCUCAAGCAGAAGUGAGAGAAACCUUUAAAGACAAAGUAACAUUUGAUGAAAUUGAUGCAGAGGAGCUGGAAUACUUAAAGUUAGUUAUUAAAGAAACUUUGAGACUUCAUCCACCGUCUCCACUUUUGGUCCCAAGAGAAUGUAGGGAAGAUACAGAUAUUAACGGCUACACUAUUCCUGCGAAGACCAAAGUUAUGGUUAAUGUUUGGGCAUUGGGAAGAGAUCCAAAAUAUUGGGAUGACGCAGAAAGCUUUAAGCCAGAGAGAUUUGAGCAAUGCUCUGUGGAUUUUUUUGGUAAUAAUUUUGAGUUUCUUCCCUUUGGCGGUGGACGGAGAAUAUGUCCUGGUAUGUCAUUUGGUUUAGCUAAUCUUUACUUGCCAUUGGCUCAAUUGCUAUAUCACUUUGAUUGGAAACUCCCGAGCGGAAUGAUGCCCGGAGACUUGGACUUGACUGAAUUAGCUGGAAUAACAAUUGCUAGAAAAGGUUUGUAGAGCUACUGUAGAACUAAUUAUCCCAACCAUCUUUUAGCGCACGAAAGCUACAUAAUUUAUUUAUGGCGAGAUAGGUCUGCUGCAUUUCUUCACAUGCUUGGUUAACUUUUUUUCCCAGAAGCUGCUUAUUAUUAUCUUGUAUUUUCUGCUUCAGGAUAUGAGGCGGUAGUCAAAUAAAAUUGGCGAGACAACGAUAGUACCUAUUAUUGUGCCACAAAUAGAUGCCAUUGUGAGGUUGAUCUAUUCCUGUAUUUUUGGAUUGAGACCUUUUAUGGGAAUGUUAAGAAUGCUCUUUUCUUGAUUAUCUA